AUGUCUGCACAUCUGCAAUGAUUGGCAGUGGACUACUCCAGUUUCCUGACCAUGAGUAGUAAGCAGAUGUACAGCAUCGAGCCCCAUAACCUGAAGGCCUGCAGCUCCUUCCCCUACAGUUGGCUGCUUCAACACAAGACUGUGGGAGUGGAGCCGGCCACCCACAGCAAAGGGGUUGGGGUGGUCCUGAAAGGCAGAUCCGGUCAGUCAUUUCUUACCAUGCGGACCACCAUCAACAAGCAUGCCUGGGCUACACCCAGCAGUGUCAGCACAUGGUCCGCAAGAACAAGGACCGCUCUGAUCUGUGCUUGA